GUUUCGAUGGUCCGCUGUGUAGGAAUCGCGAGCUGCGCCGCGGAUAAACACCGGCUCCUCCGCUAAAAUCGCACUCAGGACUGCAUUGCUCCUGAAUUUUAACAGUGGUGCUGUGUAGGUGUGGUGUCAGUGGUCAAGGGUGAGCCCCCAUCUCAAGCACAGGCAGACUCCUGGUGCUCUUCGAUUGUGCAUCAAAGUGCAUUUAGUGUUAAAAAUGUUAAAAUUAAGUUAGUGCUUCGUAAUGCUGUCGUACAUGCUACCAGUGGACGAAAAACCGCCCCCGGCCCCUAAUAAAGGCCACAUGCAAUUACCUCUGACAUCAGAAACUUUAACAAACGGUAGAACUUCAAGUCCUAUCAGUAAAGAAACAAGUGUUAGCAGUUUUGUAAGCGAUGUGACAACAGCAACUGCCAGUCACAGCUCUAUGACGCCUACAAGCACUAGUGAUAAAGGAAAGCCUAAGUUAGUUAUCAAUGGAGGAAAACACCAAACAUUGAAAAGGGUAUCGUUUGGUAGUUCCAAGGGGUCCAUGGUUGAAACGCUUAUUUUUGAAAGUCCAGUCCAAGAAGAACCCGAGCCGAGUCCAAUUCCUGAGAAUGCGAAUCCAUCAUUUCCCACCGAUCAGGAUCAAACCGAAACCGAACGAGAAAAAGUACGAGUGACGUUCUUUCAACAAUCAAAACCUCAAGAAGUCGAUUUACCGGAUGAACCUGUCGUUUUUACCGACACGGAUUUCAUAAUGGCCACCACGGUAGCUAUGAAUGAAACGAAUCAUGUCGUUUAUAAUAGGACAGAAAGUACGGAAAGCGGCUGGGAGAAUCCUUUUCGUCCCGGCGGCGACUUGAGUCGAGAAGCCGACGAGAUAGUAGAAUUAAUAAAAGGGGGCAAACCGAUCACGCCUACACCCGACAGUUCGGCGCCCCCUUUACCCUCUUUAGACGAAACCGAUAAGAACCAAACAAACAAUCUAUCGGAACCCAUCACACAAAGUCCGAAAAAAGCAACCGAACUGAAUGCCACCCCAAAAAGUGCUAACGGCAACGUCAAAAACGACAAAUCUAACAAUACUCCAGGAGCUGUCGACGUUAAACGAGGGACAAUUAAACCAGACGGAGAGGUCGAACAUGUUACGAUAAAAAAGAAACCCAAGUGCAAGUGCUGUGUUAUACAAUAACUGCUGACAACAGAUAGUCAAUAGACUUGUUACUGUUAAAUAUUUUAUAAAAAUAGCAAGGUGUAAAAACGAUUCAACUUCGAUUUGGCGUAACUGUGAUGUUUUUAGUACAAAAAGCUGAAACAGUUUUCAAUUAUUAACAUAUCAUUGCAGUAAUAAUUUAUGUUGAUCAGUGACUCAGAAUUUGCCUCGAAAUAAUCAAAAGCUGUUUCCAAGUGAGAGAAAAUCGAAAAAAAAAAACGUUUUUACACCGAGAAUGCUUACCUAUGCUUUAACCAGUCACACAAAUACUAGUGCUAUUCUGUUUCUUGAAUCUCUACUUAAUUUUCAAAGCAAUACUAGCGCAAGAAUCGGUUUUAUUUCUCGUUGGAAAAAUUCGACUCUAGUCAAAAAUAUUUUGUGAAUCGUUUUAUUUUUUUGUGAUUUUUAUUUGUACAAAAACGGGAGAUAAAACUAAAAUGAACUAAACAAAUGUGAUUAUAUACCUAUAUUAAAAUUUACCAUAUUUUUACAUUGUAUUACUGUAAUGUUGUUUGUGUUUCACGGAUUAUUUCUUAUGGUUGUGGGAAUGAUGGGAACACAAACAUAUUAUAUUUAGUUUAACAUUUGUAUAAAUAUAUACAAGUCUAGAAUGAAUGAUAGUACAAGUAUUUUUUAUAUAUUUUAGCUUUUCAUCUACUAUAUGACAAAAAUUUUCGGAUUAACGGUGUAUUCAGUAGCAAGAUUUAGUUGUCUAUGUUUUAACUUGUAAAUGUUCUUCUAUAGAGUUAUUGUUGUUAAUAUUAUUUGUUGUGUUUGUGUGUCUGGAACGAAAGUCGGAAUUAAACAUCGGCAUUAUUUUUCGUAAAAAAUAAUACUUGAUAAAGAUUGCUAAUAAACACGAAUUGUGCAGAGAUUAUUUAAUAUUUUUAAAUAUAAGUACAUAACGUCCCUUGUUUAUAUGUGUAUGUAAAUGCAGCUUAUAAUAUGCUUAAGAUGUAUAGAUUUUAGAUUGUAAAUCGAUCAUGUUUGUUUCAAGCACUCCAAACUCUUUUUUUAUGAUAUUUUACAUGAUGAAAUUAUUAUUCAUUCAUAUAUUAUUUUAAUCUUUUGUGUAUUAUAUUGUAAUAUAAAUCUAAUUUGUAUACCAAGCCGCAUAGCAUUAAAUAAUUUGUGAUGUCACAAAGUAAACCGUUUUUCAUUCCU